CACACUCUCGGCACACACUCUACAGACAGGAAGGACUGACCCAAGAGCGUUAUAGAGAGAGAGCCAGAGAGAGAGAGAGAACAAGAGAGCAAGUGAGAGAGGGACUAUCCAGCACUCAGUCAUUACGCUUCCAGGGAUAGCAGAGAGAGAGACUACAGAGCCAUACUACUACAAUAUCUGUGUCCUGUAAUUUUGGAACUUUUUCACUUUAAUUUGUAAACUUUUUUUCACAACCUUAUUUUUUUAAUAUAACAAUAUAUAUUUUUUCAUUCUGAAGCAGAGGACCUGGCUGUUACUUCUUCUUGUGUUCUCUGGGAUAUUUCUAAUGGUACUCUGCCCUCUGGUCUCCAGUGAUCAGCACACUGUGGACCAGGGACCUCUCUGCCCCUGACAAGGCAUCGUGGAGAGGCUGCUUGGCUGCUUGUCGUCAGGGCUGGGUUGCUGCUGCUUCUUCUUGGCAGGGAAUGCAAAGGGACGCUCCUGAAAAGCCUACGGAGGGGACUCAAGGUGAAGGAAGGGAAGGGAAGGAAGGAGCUGUGGCCCCACAGAACUGAGAGAACUGCCCCCCCUCCCCAACCCCAAGGCGCCCCAUCCCACUGCAGCAUGGAUCUCCCCCAUUUAGAGGUCUUUCUGAUGUGCCGUGAGAGGUGCGAGCCCCCCACCCCAGUCCCGACCCCCUCCCUGGUGCUCCUUCUCCCGGGACCAGGAUGGACCCUCUCCCGGGUCAUGGCCCUCCACCAGUCAGGAUGGACGUUGAUGGGCUGGACCUCCAGCAGGUGCCUGUCCUCUCCCUGGACCAGAUCCGCUCCAUCCGCGCCAACAACGACUACGUGGAGCGCCCCGUGACCCUGGACCAUGCCUCCCAGUCCGGCUUCUUCUACGCCCACGAUGACCGCUACCCCAUCACCCACGGAUACCCUCCUCAAGGUUACUCUCAUGGUUACCCUCAGGGAUACCCUCUCCCCCGGAGCCAGAGCCAGCAGCAACACGCCCACCUUGCCCAUCUGAGUCGCUCCAGUACUACCAGUUCAGCCAUGUCCCGGAUCAGCGCUGCCUCCGACCAGAGACUCCUGGUGGGCCUGACGCCCUCCCACUCUGGCCUGGCCUCGGUGGUGCGCUCCCAGCCUAAAGGAGAACUCAAGCCUGAGGCUUCUCUGGGUAAAGGCCUGGUGGAGGGAGAGGACCUGGGCUUGCACCUGUUUAUCUGUGAGCUCUGUGGGAGGUGUAAGUGUCAGGAGUGCUGCGCUCCGCGAAGCCUGCCGUCCUGCUGGGCCUGUGGGCAGCGCUGCCUUUGCUCUGCUGAGAGUGCUGUGGAGUAUGGCACCUGUCUGUGCUGCGUUAAGGGCCUGUUCUACCACUGCUCCACUCAGGAUGACGAGGACAACUGUGCUGACCGGCCCUGCGCCUGCACAUCCGCCCACGCCUGCACCCGCUGGGGCACCAUAGGCCUUCUGGCGCUGUGCCUGCCCUGUCUCUGCUGCUACCCACCUGCCAGGCUGUGCCUCGCCCUGUGCCAGCGGGCCCACGACCGAGCCACCCGCCCCGGCUGCCGCUGCAGCAACACCAACACCGUGUGCCGUAAGAUCUCCACCUCCAACCCCAACCCUGGGCACACCCCCUUCUGCAGCAAGUCCCUGGAAAAGCCUGUAUGACAGGGCUGCAGCGGGAGUCAGCCAUCGCCUAGACAACGCAGUCUCAGUGACAACAUUGCCAUGACAACAAACACUGUUGCCAUGACAAUGCCAUCACCCCCUCCAUCCGUGACCUACCUACCGUGACCUUUCACCUUACGUACCUUCCAUACUUCUCCUCCUGCCUGAGGAGAAAUGACCAAAAGCUUUACUGUACUUCACUGUAACUGUACUGUACUGUACAUGUGGAGACUUGAGCCGAAACCUGAAAAUCGCCUGGUGCUUUUUGCUGAACUGACUGCCAAUCUUAACCUUACUGUGUUACUGUGUGGGCACACUGCCUCUACCUUCCUCUUACUUUGUGGGCCAGCAUAGC